AUGAAAUCAAUUUUAUUUAAUAAGGUCCUGGUCCAUCAUGUCAGCCGAGUCGCCACGGCAUUGUCUGGUUUCAUUAAUGAUGUUACCCUAUCCUCCUCCUCCAACUUAGAUCCCAAAGAUGUCAUACAGUGGGCAAGAUUCGAGACCGCCGACAUCAAUGAACCAACACCGGAAGGCGAUAGUGAAAAAGACACUUCGCCUCUAUUACUAAUCUUGGGCUACGGUUCUGGAGUGCAAGUAUGGUUGAUACCGCACACCGGCGAAGCUCAGGAGGUUCUCUCAUGGAGACAAGGCACAGUGAGGGUGCUCCGUAUACUGCCAACUCCGCAGCACGGCGAUUGCUUUGCAUCGAAGAGGCCCCUCAUCGCUUUGUGCGAUUCCGCAAGCCCUGGUCCGAGUUUUUGCUCACUCAGUUUCAUAUCAAUAAGGGGUGGCGAACAGGUGAAGAGCAUAAAGUUCAAGAGCCCGAUCAUCGACGUGCUGGCCAACAAGCGGGCGGUGGUGGUGUCGUUCGCGGAGCGGUUCGCGGUGUUCGACGCGGCCACGCUGGAGGACCGCGUGGCGGUGACCACGUGCUACCCGUGCCCCUGCCCGCUGGGCGGCGCGGGCCCCGCCAACCCGCUCGCGCUCGCCGACCGCUGGCUGGCGUACGCCGACAGGAAGCUCAACCCCUCCAAGCGGAGCGGCGGCGGCUGCGAGGGCGAGGGCGUGACGAGCUACACCGCCACGGUGCUCCACGCGGCGAAGUCCCUCAGCAAGGGGCUGCGCGGGCUCGGCGAGAGCGUGGCCCACAGCCUGGGGGGGCGGAGCACCUCGCAGUCGCCGUCGCCGCCCAACGCGGACCUGCAGCAGCCGGGCGUGGUCACCGUGCUGGACAUCGAGGGCAGCGAGGAAGAGGACGGCCAGGAGGGCGAAGAGCCGUGCGACCCGAUCGUGGCCCAUUUCGUCGCCCACUCGGAGGCGGUGAUAGCGCUGAAGUUCGACCCCAGCGGCAUGCUGCUGGUGACGGCGGACCGGCGCGGCCACGACUUCCACGUGUUCCGCAUCAACCCCCACCCCUUCGGCCCCACCCUGGCGUCCGUCCACCACCUCUAUAUACUGCACCGGGGCGACACCACGGCCAAAGUGCAGGACAUCGCGAUCUCGGCGGACUCGCGCUGGACGGCGAUCUCGACCCUGCGCGGCACUACGCACGUGUUCGCGAUCAGCCCUUACGGCGGCGCGUGCGGCGUGCGCACGCACACGCAGCCGCGCGUCGUCAACCGCCUCUCGCGCUUCCAGCGCUCCGCCGGCCUGCCCAUACACGCGCCCGCCGCCGCGCACAGCCCCGUGUGCGAGGCGGGCUGGGCGCCGGCGGCGGGCGGGCAGGGCGCGUGGUACCCCAACCCGCGGCUGCCGCCCUUCCCCGCGCCCACCGUCACGCAGCCGCUGGCCCAGCUGCGCCCCACCACCAACCUGCCCACGCACACCAUCACGCGCACCAGCUCCGGGCGCCAAAGGUUGUCCUCCCUGUCUGAGGAGAGCAGCAGCGCUCCGCUCCUGGCCCGCGCCUGCUUCGGCACGGGCGCGGUUGUGACGGGCGCCGGAGGGGGAGGGGCGGCGGCGGGAGGGGCGCACGUGAUGCGCGGAUCUCCCGUCUCGCUCUACCUCAUGGCGGCGAGCGGCUCGCUUCUGCACCUCGUCCUUCACCCGCGCGCCGCCCGCAGUGUGCCAAAGGAGAAGAUCUGCGACGAGUCUCCCGUAGAGCUGGAAGUGGAGCCGGUGGCUCAGUGGCCGCUGCAACGUCCACCGGCCGCCGCCGACUUGCUAGCGCCGCUGCCGCCUUCGAAUCCGCUGCUGCAACCGUUGAGCUGCCGGAGAUGCGCCGAUAUGUGUAUGAGCGAAGAGGAGCGCUGGCUGUCUCAAGUGGAGAUCGUGACCCACGCCGGACCCCACCGGAGGCUGUGGAUGGGGCCGCAGUUUGUAUUCAAGACAUACAACUGCACUGGGUCCAACUCUUCGCUGUCCGAGGCUGAGACCGUGGAGGUGGAUACAAGCUCAGCGCGCGGCGCCGCCCGCUCCACGCCCGUCAACAUGCCCGGCGUGCGGCCCAUUGUGCCCGUUCUCAUCGAUUCCGGCUCAGCCAGUUCGCUAGAACAUUGCGCCAUCGGACAGCUUCCGGCGCAAAUCUCUGCUGGCCGAGAGCGGAAGGGCGACCUCCGUCUGCGAGGGUGGCCGCGCGAGGAGAGAGGCGGGCACGUCGCCCGCAGCCCCGGGGUGGUGCGCGCCGUGGACCCCCUGGGCACCGUGGUGGCGCCCCCCGCCCCCGCCCCCGCCCCGCCAGCGCCCCUCGACCCCGACGCCCACACCGCCCCCAACGCCGACGAGGCCACCUUCCGCCCUGUCGUCCGCGCCCCCGCCUCCCUGCCCCUGCAGCCGGACCUCCCGCUCCGCCCCCUGCCCCGCACCACAACCAUUCCCGUCCAGACGAUACCGCCCCUGCCCCACCUCUCGCCCGACGACGCGAUGCCGCUCAGCAUGGACGUGAUCAUACCGGCCGCGCUCAACGUCGAAAACUGGCUGUCGAGCAAUUUCUCAAGCGGGCCGGAUGCGGCCCUGGACGCGCGUAGAAUUACUGGCGACGAUCACAGCGGCGGGCGGGCCCCACAAACAGUAGCUAGUGUCAAUGUAGAUGAUAGUUUAAGUAAGGAUCUCGACAGCAAGGGGAUUGUAUGCGAGCGUGAAGAACGUGUGAGAGCCUCGGCUAGUGCCGAGCCGGAGUGCGAGUCUAAAACUAAAUCACUGCCAAAAUCGAAUAGGCGGUCGGAUGAUAUUCAGCCGACGGCCCGAAUUAGAAGUAAGAAAACUCCCACCAAAUUGUCAGUUAGUGAGAAAGAUGCUAGUGACGUUAGUGUUAAGGAUAAAAAAAUUACAGAUGAUAAGGUUAAAACGACAGAAGCGCCCAAGAAAGAAAAGGGAAGGGAUAUAAAAUCAAGUAAAGACAGCAAAAUUGUACAAGAAAGUACAGCAGACAAAAAAUGUGACGAAGCAAAACCAGAGAUAGUCAAUAAAAGCGCGAAAGAAACAAAGGAUCGCGUCCCUACGAGUAAUACUUCUAAAAUUGAAACAAUUAUCCAGUCAUCCAUAAAGGAAUCACCAGCAGAACUUUGUAAAGCUAAUAAACCUUCAAACGAGCCUUCAAAACUAAAAGAAAGCACAGUCAAAAUUACACCGAGUGAUGUUUUAUCUGAAUUGAAUACGCAUGCUCCUACUAUUGAUGUCGAGAAUGAACCAUCUACGGCAAUGAAAAAGAAAAUUACAAAUAAGGAUACCGAAGAAGAUAAAUCUAAAGAAUAUAUUUCUGAUACCAUAAAAACUGAAGAUCAGGCUUGGGAUAUGCUUUUGAAUGAAUCUAAAGUUUCACAAUUUGAACAACCGUCUAUAUUAAAGGAAGAAGUCGAAGAAACUACUAAACUAAAAACAAAAAAAUCCCGAAAAGCACGAAAGAUACAAGAAGAUAAUCACUCAAAGGAUGAUGACGAUAGUUUCAUAGAAAUUCACAAUAUAGAAGAUCGACAACAAAUAGAUGCUGACGAAUUAGUAUCUAUAUCAACUCCAUUUGAAGAGUUUGACCCAUCGACCUCUUUCUUAUCGAAAUGUAAGAACUCACGGUCUACGAAAAUCAAUAUAAAAGAUAAUAAAGAUUAUGAAAAGAAUUUAGAAGAAGCAAUUCAAGAAUCAGAAACGCCAAAAAAAUGUAACAAAAAGCCUUCGAUAAAUAAAUUUGACUUAGAGACAUCCGAUUAUAGCUCCGGCGUUAAGACUGAAGAAAUAAGAAAAUAUUCGGCAACUGAAAUUAUUAACGUAGAUGCUUCUGAAGAAAAUCCAAAUCAGGAAGAUUUGUUGAUUAAACAGAAAUCAAGCAAAGCAAAAUCUCAAUCACCAUGCCUGGUGGGUAAAAAAUUGGAUCAUGAAAUGGCUGGAACAGAUUCUAAAGAAGUAUAUGUUAUAAACACAACUGAGGAUGACUUUCCUGAUAUUCAAAUAACUCGUGGUAACAAAUCGCGCAAAAAGUCACCUCAACCUCAGAUAGAAGUGAAAAGUCAAGAAAAUACUAAUAGCUUUGAGCCACCAAGUAAGUCAUGGAGCAAUAUAGCGGCAUCUAAAAAUGUUAAAAAGAUUGAAACUGAGGUAAAUGUUACAACGAAGGAAAUAUCUACCAAAGCACAGAACUAUGAAUCUAAAAACGAUACAUCACAUGAAGAAAGUCAAAAGUCUUCCAAGGCUACGGAGAUAUCAUUGCAGGAUAAAUUGAUAGAGCUUUGCAAAAGGACCGAUAUCAUAGUUGCUGAGUGUGGUGCGCCAUCAGAGUUAAAUUUUGUGGAAGAACACCAUUCCGUGUUACAUGAACUUCCUCCUUUAGACGGUCCCGAGUUCGGUUUGGAUGAGUUCAAACUGGAGGUCAUGAAAGAUAGUCUUCUAGAGGUAGCAGAUGUGAAAGUGACCAGUCCGAUUUGUAAAAUCAAUAUAGAUGAUAUACUCACAUCAAUGAAAGGUUCAGCAAGCAAAAUGGUCGAUUCCAGCACAUAUAAUUUGAUUGAUAUCGAGAAAGUGCCUGCGAAGAAGGAAAAGGGUUUUAGUGUUAUCGAAACAGACAAAAUAACUUCCCAGGAAGUAAAGAUCGAUGUUGAGUCGAAAAUAGAAAAAGACAACGAGGUGAUGGAAAAGUCCUCGGAUGACGAUGUGACGUCACCAGUUGUAUCCACAGACAGUGAUAAGGAGGAAAAGAGAACAAUAGGCACUUCGGGCUUAGCGCAACCUUCAUUAAAGCAAUCUAAAUCUAAAAAAUCUCGGAGGAAGAAAAAG